AUGGAAGAAGUGGAGGUGGAGGUGGAGGUGGAGGUGGAGGUGGAGGUGGGGGAAGGGCAGACGGGGAGGGGGCGGGAGAGGGGACGGGUGGGGACGCUGGGGGGGGAAGGGGGAGGCAGUGAGGGGGAGGGUGGGGGUGGGGGUGGGGGGAAGGGGAGGGGAAAGGGGAAAGAGGAAAGCGGGGAGGGGGACGGCGGCAGCGUUGGUGGUGGUGGAGUGGCAGUGGGUGUUGAUGAUGAUGUUGAUUUUAUUGAUGUUUUUCUUGGUGGUGGAGGUAAAGGUGGUGGUGGAUGGUGGGGGGAAGGGGAGACCGGAGGGUGGGGGAGGGGGGAAGGGGAGACCGGGGGUGGGGGUGGCGGGAAGGGGAGACGGGGAGGGAGAGACCGGGGGUGGGGUAGGGGUGGGGUGGGGGUGGAUGGUGGGGGGAAAGGGGAGAUCGGAGGGGUGGGGGAGGGGGGAAGGGGCGACCCAAACGAGGAUGUUGGCGGAAGAGCUGCAACGAAGACCGUCGAAGAUGCUGCUGCAGCGGCGACAAAGACCGGAUCAGAGGCAGCGACGUUUAAGCUGCAAUGA